GAUUACACUAGCGUUUGGUAGACUUCCAUACCAGUCCUUGGACAAAACUUAAGAAUUCUCCGACUAGGAACAGGCAAAGAACAUUUUUUUCUGCUCCAGCCCUCUCCAGCAAAGCAUCCGGCUCAUUUGCAUGUUCCGCUCGCUCGUCCUAAAAAUGGCCGAAAACGCAGCCAAGCGGCUCAAGACCGACAACGGCGUAGUCGCCAUCGGCACGCACAACGGCCACUUCCACGCCGACGAGGCUCUAGCCGUCUACAUGCUGCGCACCCACGUCCCUACCUACUCGGGCGCCAAGCUCGUGCGCACGCGCGACCCCAAGUUGCUCGACGAGUGCCACACGGUUGUUGACGUCGGCGGCGAGUACGACGCCGCGCGCAACCGUUUCGACCACCACCAGCGCAGCUUUGGCACCUCCUUUCCCGGCCGCCAGACCAAGCUGAGCAGCGCGGGGCUGGUGUACAUGCACUUUGGUCGCGAGGUUAUUGCCCGGCGCCUGGGGCAGGCCGAAGAUAGCGAGCAGGUUGACUUGGUGUGGCGCAAGAUCUACGAGAGCUUCAUUGAGGCGUUGGACGCGCAUGACAACGGUAUCAGCGUCUACGACCCGGCCGCGCUCGCCGCGGCCGGCCUACAGAAGAAGUUCUCGGACGGCGGGUUCACUCUGGGCGCGAUGGUGAGUCGGCUGAACCCCAACUGGAAUGAUCCCGUCCCCGAGGACCCCGCCGCGGCGCAAGAGGCGGAGGACAAGAGGUUCGAGCUGGCUAGCCAGCGCAUCGGCGAGGAGUUUGACCGCGAUCUGGACUAUUUCACAAAAGCAUGGCUCCCCGCGCGGGAGGUGGUCGCCGAGGCAUUUGCUGCGCGUCAGGAGCACGACAGCCAGGGCCGCAUCAUGGUGCUGAAGCGCCAGUCGGCGCCGUGGAAGGAUCACCUCUACAGUCUGGAGGAGGGGCAACCCGAGGGCGGCAAGGUCCUGUACGUGCUGUAUCCGGAAAAGCCGACCCCGGAUUCCAAGUGGAGGAUCCAGUGUGUACCAGUCGCCAAGGACUCGUUCGAGAGCAGGAAACCGUUGCCUGAGGCCUGGAGGGGCUUCCGCGAUGAGGAGCUGGAUGGGAUCUGUGGAGUGAGCGGCUCCAUCUUCGUGCACGCUUCUGGUUUCAUCGGAGGCAACAAGACAUACGAGGGCGUGCUCGCCAUGGCGAAAAAGGCGCUCGACCUCUGAGAGGGUUACAUGGGCGCGGCCGACGUGCCUUCGUCGCUGCCCAAGCGGGUCGUCUCAAUCCUUGAGCAUUGGGCAGCCAGGGUGGACUGAUUGCGGAGGAAGCGCCGUACGAGGGAAAGAGCCAGUC